GUAACUGGCUAUCAGCUGUUGAGUAACUCAUUCAAGUUGUAGCCUACUCGAUUCUCUCACUACUACUAUCACCACUAAUCGAAAACUUCAGAAAAAUGCAAAAGAAAUCAACAACAUUUAAUAAUGUCUUCUCAUGGAUGAUUACGAUUUAAUCUGGAUUUUUUGGUAUUUUGGAUUUUACGGGAGACUUCCAGUUCAGUAGGGAACUAUUCUCGGUUGCAUUGCUUUUCAUCACCAGCAAUAGACCAUGCCUGUAUCGGGUGGUGAGGACCCCAUGUCCCAGGUUCGUCAGAUGCUGAGAGAGUUGCUGGUGGGGAGAGAGAACGCCGACGGCUUCUUCUGUCUCUGUGUGUCCGUACUGGGACACAACGAUACAAGGACACAUUUCUUGCCGCUCAUCCAGCCCCUAGCCACCGUUCACAACGGCCUUCACACCACCCUCACCUCCAUCUAUUUUGAAUACUUCUCCAAGGAUGAGGAUGAUGAAUUGGCGGUGGCUCUGGCUCUGUCCCUAUUAGAGGUCAAAGGGCAACAGCAGACUGAUACCAAGUCCCUUUUCCCAGACCCUAAACCCCAGGGUCAAACAGACACCCAGGCAACAGCAACCUACAGACCUCAGAAUAGCUCAGUUCAGAGUCAGUCAGUAUCUCAUAAUGGUAGCUCUAGCCAGCCUCCGCCAGCCCCUCUGCCCAAGGGUGUGAGCUACGCCCAACUAGCAGCAGCAGGAGGAAGGAGACAGACUCAGGCUCAGCACCAAGACUCCACAUCACCCAGAGGAUCCUCUGGACAUGGCAGCUCUCCUCAGACAGAGAGACAGAGAGGCCCAACCCAGACCCAGAGACAGACAGACAUAAAGUGGUCUAACCUCACUCAGGAUGUGUGUGCCUCUAUUGCCAGUUCUUUGACAUCCAAUCUCAACCAAACCAAAGAUGACGUCAAUGUGGAGGAGUACGACGUGGACCAAUCGGAGAAGCCAAAGCGCUCGAAGAACCGGCGUCAGCGGCGGAAGGGGUAUGGCCAGCAGGUGGUAGGUGUGCCUCGAUGCCCCUCGGCUCCACCCCCUGUGCUGCUGUGGUUCCGCAGGGACCUGCGUCUCCAUGACAACCCAGCUGUGAUUGGCUCGUUGGAGGCUGGAGGGCCGGUCAUCCCCGUCUUUAUCUGGUGCCCAGAGGAGGAGGAGGGGCCGGGGGUAACCGUGGCUAUGGGAGGGGCCUGUAAAUUCUGGCUGCACCAGGCCCUGUCCUGUCUCAGCUCUGCUCUGGAACGCAUCGGCGGCCAUCUUGUUUUCCUUCGGCCGGAUGUGGAGAAAGAGGUGGAGAGAGAGGGGGUUGGUUCUUCGCUGCGUGCCCUGAGGAGUCUGGUGAGAGAGACGGGGGCGCAGACGGUGCUGGCUAGCGCCCUCUAUGAGCCGUGGCUGAGAGAGCGGGACCAGAUAGUGGUGUCAGCACUGCAGAGAGACAGGGUGGAGGUUAACAUGGUCCACUCCUACUGUCUCAGAGACCCUUAUACUGUUACUACUGAGGGGGUGGGACUCAGAGGUAUUGGUUCUGUAUCCCACUUCAUGAGUUGCUGUCAGAUGAACCCUGGCCCAGGGUUAGGGGUUCCCCUGGACCCCCCCAUAUCGCUCCCCUCACCCUCUGUCUGGCCCAGGGGCUGCCCUCUGGAGGAGCUAGGACUGGCACGCAUGCCCUGCAGGAAGGAUGGAACCACGAUUGACUGGGCGGCUAACAUUAGGAGUUCCUGGGACUUCAGUGAGGAGGGGGCCCAGUCACGUCUAGAGGCCUUUCUAAAUGAUGGUGUGUACAAAUAUGAGAAGGAGUCAGGGCGAGCGGAUGCCCCCAACACCAGCUGUCUGUCUCCUUACCUGCACUUUGGCCAGCUGAGUGCUCGCUGGCUGCUGUGGGACGCUAAAGGGGCGCGCUGCCGACCCCCCAAGUUCAUACGAAAACUGGCCUGGAGGGACCUGGCCUACUGGCAGCUAACAUUGUUCCCAGACCUGCCCUGGGAAUCACUCAGACCUUCAUACAAGGCCCUUCGGUGGAGCAGUGAGAGGGGUCAUCUGAAGGCGUGGCAGAGGGGCAGGACAGGUUAUCCUCUAGUAGAUGCUGCAAUGAGGCAGCUGUGGCUGACUGGAUGGAUGAACAACUAUAUGAGACACGUAGUGGCUUCUUUCCUCAUAGCUUACCUCCAUCUACCAUGGCAGGAGGGAUAUCGCUGGUUCCAGGACACCCUGGUGGAUGCUGACGUGGCCAUAGAUGCCAUGAUGUGGCAGAAUGGAGGCAUGUGUGGUCUGGACCACUGGAACUUUGUCAUGCACCCUGUUGACGCAGCCAUGACAUGUGACCCUUACGGAAGCUAUGUCAGGAAGUGGUGCCCUGAGCUGGCAGCGCUGCCUGAUGACCUCAUACACAAACCCUGGAAGUGUCCAGCCUCCAUGCUGCGCCGUGCCGGUGUAGUCCUAGGCCAGUCCUACCCAGAGCGUGUGGUGACAGAUCUGGAGGAGAGGAGGAGCCAGUCUUUGCAGGACGUGGCAUUGGUGAGGAGGCGUUGUGGGGAGUACGUGGACCCCUGCUCGGGGUGCGACCUGGUCCCCCUGCCCCCCCGGCUGGUCUCGGAGGCCCUGGGUGGAGGUGUGGUCAACACAGGUGGGCAGUUCCUCCUGCCUGUCAUCACCCGUAUGGAGUUCAAGCACCAAUCAGACAAUCCAGACGCGGACGCUGCCUCUAACCCCUACAACGCCGUUCUGAAGGGCUACGUGAGCCGCAGGCGGAAUGAGACCAUCGCCUUCCUGAACCAGACAGACUUCACAGCCAGCGUGAUAAACGAGGGAGCAGAGAGGAGGGAGAGACAGGAGAAAGACCAGAGGAGGAUGGAGGGACUACCACACCCCCUUGCAGCUCGAGGAAGGGGAAGGAGGACCCCCGCUGCCAAGGACAGGUUCUCCACAGUGCCUGGGGGAGUGGCUACUUCUCACAGAUGACCAUGACAGGGGCUAAAGGUCCGAUAGAGCCACUGUGGUGCCCAAUGGCCUUUUCUCAAUUGGAUUUACUCAACUUCUGCGUCCUCUCUCACCUCCUUUUGAAAAUGGUCAAAGGUUAUCGAGGAGACGCGGGGAGGAGGGGGAACGUAGACAAAAUUGUGCUUGUAUGAAAUGUCCCUCCUUCACUUGCGUGUCAUCAGGCAAAUUACGUUUAUAGUGGAUCCCAAAAAAUGUAUGUGUAAAGUGAUCAAAAUUAAUUAAGUUAGUUGUACAAGACAUUUUCUAGAUAAAAACAAUAUGCUACUUACCGUUUUUGAACGUGUGCAUGCUUUUCUGCUCUGACAAAACAAAAGCUGAUUCAACUGGGAUGUGGCAGAUUUGAAAACUCUUCCGCGAAGGACUCUAGUAGGAUACACAUGCCUAUCCUCGAUGAAAGGUAGCUAUCGAGGAGGGGAGGACACUUCCGUUCGCCUACUUACGAAUUGACAUCUCCUCGACCACUUAUCGGUUUCAGUAGCCUUUUCUCGUUUAGGAAAAAGUCUGUCCUCCCUCCUCUCUGAACCGGAGACCAAUAAGUAGUCAGGGAGUGUAUCAAUUAGUAGGCAAACGGAAGACGGUCCUCCCCGCCUCGAUAGCCUCCUUUAGGCGAGGAAGCACAAGUGUAUCCUACCUCUGAAGAGUUUUGUUAUCUGCCACACCCCCUUUGAAUCAGAUAUUGUAUUGUCGGAGGAGAAAAGCAUGCACACAUUUAAAAACUAUAUGCUACUUAAAAUGUCUUGCACAACUAACUUAGUUUAUCACUUUACACAUUUAUUUUGGGAUCGACUUCUGUAAACAUAAUUUGCCUGAUGGCGUACGAGUGGAGGAGCUUCUCAUUUCAUACAAGCACACUUUCGUCCACAGCCGCCUCUCCUCGAUUACCUCUGAACUUUUUUUUAAAGGAGGCGAGUGAGGACGCAGGAGUUAAGCCCAGCUAAUUGAGAAAAGGCCCAGGUCACAGAGGAGGGUGGAGGAUGGACUUCCCCCCAAAUGAGAAAAGGCCAAAGACUACCCUGGUAGUUACAAGCGGUUACAAAACGGGUGCGUGUUCCAGGUCAUGAAGUCAUGCUGCAACAUGUCAGGAACCACAUUAUGGGUUAUGCUGUAACAGGGACAAACUGCUGUUUACAUGAAUUUGUUUAAAUUUGAGUCAUUUACCAAAGGCAUUUAUAAUAACAGCAUUCAGUAAUGGAGGCUGGAUCAAUCACAAGGACUGCUACUAAGUGUGUCAUUGUGAUAAAAAGUGCAAUACUUGUACCAAGGAAUUCAAGCAAACAUAAUACAUUUGAAUGAAAAAUACAUUUUAUACAAUAUUACAAGUGGAAAAU